AUGAUAACCGACUUUUUAAUGGUUUUUUCGGCUUUGGGAGUUUUCUCCACAAUUGGAAUGUCGAAUAUCAACAAACAGUGUCGAGAUUUGUUGCAAUGUUCGAUUCAAAAGAAAUGUGUCAAUUUACCUGUUCUCUCAAAACUUGUGGACGGCAAGAACAUCUCUGCGCAGAUGUACGACGAUAUUGAUAAGUACACCGAUUACGGUUGCAUCUUUACCACUGGUUGCCAGGACGAGUGUAAUGAUUGUCCGUUGUGUUUGACGUCGAAAUUGCAAAUCGUCGAUAUUUUGUCGGGAGAAAAAUCGUCCAAUGAAUGCCCAACACUUAUAGAUUGUGCUUUGAAAUGUGUCUCGGAAUCAAACCAAGACAUUUUCCAAAUCAACAAAUGUUUGAGACAAGAUUGUGCAUUCCACUGUUUUGAUGGAUCCUGUCCAAAGUGUUCGGGAUUUAUUACAAGAGUGUUCAACCAAAUGUGUGCUGCUGGAAACUUCCGCCAAAAAGUGAAAGGCUACUCAGGUCCGUGCUAUGAAAUGUUCCACGAAAUUGUCCACGCCAAAUUUUCCGAUCGAUUCGAGAAGAACGGAAAGACGCGAGGACACAGUGGUUAA